AUGCCGGCGCGCGCUGGCGGCGGCGCGGCUGCGGCGGGCGGUGUGCUGCCGCCGCGGCGAGGCGAGGCGAGGCGCCCUCCGGCCCCCGCCGCCCCGUCGCCACUACGUCGCCCCCCGCCGCGCGGCCCAGCCGCUCAGCGCCACCUCGCAGAUUCAUCUCGAAUCUCGAACCCGUCGCGGGACGCCGCCGCUCCAGGAGCGCGGAGCGGGGCGCAGCAUCCAGCAUCCGACGCCCACGCACACUCGCUCAGCCGCUCAGCCGCUCGGGCGCACUACCGCCGCAGACGCACUGGCGGGAAGACGCCGCCGCGGAAGGCGCCUCCGACUCCGUUAUCUAACGCCACCACGCGU